CGUAGAUCGACCGGUUAAUUUAGAGCUUUGCCUUCCGGCUCAGCUCCUUCUUCACCACAACGGAUCGAUACAACGUCCGCAUUACUGAAGACGCCGCACCGAUCCGCCUGUCGAUCUCACGAUCCACUCUUCCCUCUCUCGUGAACAAGACUCCUAGGUACUUGAACUCCUCCACUUGGGGCAGGGUCUCCUCCCCAACCCGGAGAUGGCACUCCACCCUUUUCCGGGCGAGAACCAUGGACUUGGACUUGGACUUCUCACCUUUUACACAAUUGUAAUAUUCAUAUUUUGAUUCUAUUCUUGCGUGGGAACAAAACAACAGUAAAAAUGUAAGAAAAAAAAGCGAAAACUCUGAAAUGUUGUAAUCAAUAAUAAUAUACUUAGUCUCCUAUAAUACAAAGCUAACACAAUAUCUGUUUUUAGCGCCUUUUUAAAAAAAAUAUUAACAUAUGCAUCAUACAACAUAAUUUGACUUUUUAGUAUGCGGCCCCUGGUGGAAAAAGUGUGGACACCCCAGGACUAAAGUAUCCAUAUUUUGAUUUGAGAAUGGACAUUAGAGCAUAGCGAUGUGUUGUGGAUAUUUCACAUCACUGUUUAACAGACUUUGCUUCCUGGGAAGUUAAGGACGUUCAGAGCAUCUCAGUGGAAUGUGGAAGGCCCCGCAUGACGGGCCCCUUGGAGCCAUCAUUGCUGCAGAAGAAGUCGUCCUGCAGCCUCUCCGACUUCUGCACCGAGAACAACGUGCAAGAAUGUGUGUCGCACAUCAAUCAGGAGGUGUCAUCGCUCGGCCUUCCCCCGGUCUGGGCGACGUCAGGGCAGGACUCGGACAUGAACGUUGUGUCGGUGCUCAACUGCAUGUAUGAGCUGGUGCAGCUGCACCGCCGGGGCCUCCAAACCCUGGAGAACAUGGAGGUGGAGCAGCUGAAGUCCAGCAACAAUGUGGACUCUUUGCAGCUCACCUGCACGCGACUUAAGGAGCAGCUGGAAGUUUCCAAAAGAGAGAACAUAGGACUUCAUGAGCGGGAACGCCAACUGCAGCUGAAAAUGAAGAGCUUGCAGAACUGCCUGAAAAAUGAAAAAGAAGAGAUCCACAAACUGCAGAACAUGGUCUCCAGCCGGGCCAGCCAGUAUAAUCACGAGAUGAAGAGGAAAGAGCGCGAGUUCAACAAACUGAAAGAGAGACUGAACCAGCUUCUGGCCGACAAGAAGGAGAAGAAAAUAGCCAUUGAUGUAUCCAACAAACUGGGAAGAGUUGACGGCAAGAGAAGCCUCUGGAAGACCGAAAAGACGGAAGCAAAGCAUGAGGGGGACAUGUACAAGACUCUGCUGGGGGACUAUGAGAGUCGGCAGAGGGACCUGCUGCUGGAAAACGCCGAGUUGAGAAAAGUGUUGAAGCACAUGAAAAAAGACAUGGCGCUCAUCCUUGCUUCCAGGAAGUCAUCGGCGAAAGGAGACCGACAUGACGACGGUGCCAUAGAAGUGGACUCGGAAGAAGAAGAAUCGUUUGAAUCUAGCAAGGAUACGGUGGAGCUGUUUAGUGGUCACACUCGGGAGAAGCUGACCAGCAGUGUUCGACGCCAGUGGAGACGACUGAAGAGCCACGUCGACAGGCUGGACAGCCGAGGAUCAUGGGCAUCAUCCACGGGCGAGAACGAAAACAGUGCUGCCAUUUCCCGGGACUCGUCAAAGGAAAUGGACAAACUGAAGCAAGAAGUGCAGCAGUGCAAAGACUACAUUCAGACACAGCAGCACCUCCUUCAGCAGCAGCUGAGCUCUCAGUGCGAUGAGGAGACGUCGGUCAUGCUGGGCGACUGCUACAUGUCGCAAGGGAAAGAUCGUCUACGCGAGGAGUGGAAGAGGCUCCAGGAAGAGAGGAAGAUCUUUGAGAGGGAGAGGAGGAACUUCACGGAGGCAGCAAUCAGACUGAGCCAAGAGAGGAAGACCUUUGAGGAAGAUCGUGCUGUGUGGCUCAAACACCAGUUUUUAAACUUCAACCCCUUUGGUCACUCCAAGAAGGCCACCAGGUCAAAGUCACAGUGUUCCUUUCAGAUAUCCGAAACGUCACCUGUAGAGAGCGCCACCAGCUCCCCGAGCGCCGGACGUGCAGCCAGCCUGUCAUCCUCCACCUGCGACCUGCUUCACACGCUCAGCCGCUUCUGUGACAACAGCUCCACCAAACCAAAGAGAAGGACUGAAGACGCCGGAGACGCCAGCUCCUCAUCCGCUGAGCCCAAACGCUGGAUCAGCAGUGACGACCUCAUGUUCCCGCAGGAGGAAAGCGGCUCACUUUGAGCGAGCGACACUUUAGUAUCAUUCAUAUUGUCUUUGUUUUGUUCUAUAAACCUUUUGUAUUUAUUUGGAA